GAUAAGGGAAUUGAUCCAGCAGGGCAGUGGUCGUGCAAGCCUUUUAAUCCCAGCACUAGGAGGCAGAGGCAGGCUAAUCUCUGUGAGUUGAAGGCCAGCCUGGUCUACAAAGCCAGUUCCAGGACAGCCAGAGUUACAUGGUGAAAAAUGUGAGAUUCAGAAAUGGAAAGCUACUUGUCGUGGGUCACACAGCUACAACUUUCAAGGAGUCUGGAGAUGAUGAGUACCAGGGGGACCAGUCUGACACAGAGGAUGAGGUAGACUCCGACUUCGACAUUGAUGAAGGGGAUGAGCCGUCCAGUGACGGAGAAGCAGAGGAGCCAAGAAGGAAGCGCAGAGUCGUCACCAAAGCCUAUAAGGAGCCUCUCAAGAGCUUGAGGCCUCGAAAGGUCAGCACCCCAGCAAGCAGCUCCCAGAAGGCCCGGGAGGGGAAGGCACUGCUGCCGCCGGAGCUCCAGGAUGACGGCUCUGACAGUCGGAAGUCUAUGCGUCAGUCUACAGCUGAGCAUACUCGACAAACUUUCCUUCGGGUUCAAGAGAGGCAAGGACAGUCCCGGAGGCGAAAGGGUCCCCACUGUGAUCGACCGCUCACCCAGGACGAGCUGCUCAGGGAGGCCAAGAUCACAGAAGAGCUCAACUUACGUUCACUGGAGACCUAUGAAAGGCUUGAAGCAGACAAAAAGAAGCAGGUUCACAAGAAGCGGAAGUGCCCGGGGCCGAUAAUCACCUACCAUUCUGUGACAGUGCCGCUUGUUGGGGAGCCCGGUCCCAAGGAGGAGAAUGUGGAUGUGGAAGGACUUGACCCUCCUCCCACAGCUUCUGCAUUGACUCCACAUGCUGGGACUGGACCUGCAGUCCCUCCUGCUCACUGCUCACGUACCUUCAUCACAUUUAGUGAUGAUGCAACAUUUGAAGAGUGCUUCCCCCAAGGGCGACCCCCCAAGGUCCCUGUUCGGGAGGUCUGCCCAGUGACCCAUCGUCCAGCUUUGUACCGGGACCCUGUUACAGACAUACCCUAUGCCACUGCUCGAGCCUUCAAGAUCAUUCGUGAGGCCUACAAGAAGUACAUCACUGCCCAUGGACUGCCACCCACUGCCUCAGCCCUAGGCCCUGGUCCCCCAGCCCCUGAGCCACUCCCUGGCUCUGGGCCCCGAGCCUUGCGUCAGAAGAUUGUCAUCAAAUAGAUACUUGCUCUUUAGAAACGUCUUUCCUCUGCUGACCCGGGCUCGGUUCUGCUCUUCCCUUUGUCCCAGCAGAUCUUGGGUGUGUUUUUUUUUUCCAACUUUCCUCCCCUGUACAUGGUUUGGUUUUGUUGUCAUUUUUUUAUGCUAAUAAAAUGGUAAAAUCCUUA